CAACAGCACACUAUUAUAGUUUCACUAUGUACUUUGGCCAGUGUUUGGGUUUGAUGUGGGGUUGUAAAUAUUUGUGUAAUGGAUUGGGACUAGACUUACAUUUGACCGUUAAAACAUCGGUGGCGCAUAUUUAUACCUUGGAUUUAACACAAUGGCGAAAAAAAUUAUAGUGUGAAAUGUUAACUUCUUGGAGGCAUGUUAUUCGUCAGUCUGUUAGUCGCAUUCGCACAGCUGCUAGAACGCGCACCUGCAGACAUGUAAUUGACGUACGUAUUGUGAAAGAUAGAUAAUAAGUACUUAAUAUUAGUUCCAAUUGCACAUUUGCGUUGUUGGUUUGCAUGUUAUCUCUCGCAGAAAAUGUUCAAGAAGAUUGUGUGACAGAUAAAGGCGCUGUUAACAGUUUCUACGAUGUGAAGGACAUGCUAGUUUAUUUUUAUUUAGAAACCGUAAGCUAUGAAACUUAAGUCAGAUUAGGAGCACUCAGUUGAGCAUUGCACAGACAAAGUUCAAGCCCUGUCUGUUUCCCUUGGGUUGGAUGGUAUUGUUUGGCCUGAUCAAGACAUCGCCACUUGAAGAUAAGACUUGGUCGAAGGAAGAAAAGAAACAACAGGCAAACACUCGAAAGAUGAUCAGGGAAGCGGAUUGUUUGUUUGAAGAGAACAAGUAUGCUGAGGCUUACAAGUUGCUGGUUUCAAUGAAGGACUCGGACGACGUGGAAGUGCUCUGGCGCAUCUGCCGAGCGCUGUUCAGCAUGUCCAAGCAGACGGACGACAAGGAGCUGAAGAAGAAGCAUGUGUUCGAAGCGUUCGAGACGGCACAGAAGGCCUUGGAGCUGGACGACAACCACUAUGCGGCACACAAGUGGUACGCCAUUCUGGUCGACGUCAGGAUGUCGUACGACGGGAUCAGGGCGCGAGUCAACCACCUGAUGAUCAUGAAGAAGCACAUGCUGAGAGCAAUAGAAUUGAACCCAGAGGAUGCUACAACACUAUACAUGUUAGGCUUCUGGUGUUUCAGCAUUGCUGACUUGCCGUGGUACCAGCGUAAGAUAGCUAGUGCUGUUUUUUCUGAUCCACCUACAUCCACCUAUGAGGAGGCACUGCAGUAUUUUCUGAGAGCUGAAGAAAAGGAUCCUAACUUUUACAGUCAGAAUCUAUUGAUGCUGGGAAAAACGUAUUUGAGGAUGAAGAAUUUGGAAAAAGCUAGCCACUAUUUAAAGUUGGCUGCAGCAUAUCCGCUGAACACAGAAGAUGAUGCUCAGGCAAACAAGGAAGCUACUGAACUGUUGAAGAAAAUCAAGGUGUAAGAAAGUUAACAGUGUAGGUAAUCCAACAACACACAGGGUAACACACACACACAUGCACACACACACACACACACACACACACAACCUCACAACCUCAAUACUUCCAGUUUCUGUAUUUUGCUGGAAUUCUUAGGGCUCGAUAUCGCUGCCAAUGGAUAUUUCAUCUUCUUGUCAUUACUAUUAUAUAAAAAUUACACAGUAAACAUAAAUUAUAUAAAAAAAUUAUAUUUACGUGUUUACUUUUACACCUUGAAAAUAAUGUUUUAUAGAUAUCUGGUGAGAAAAUUUGUGACAAGAAAUGCAAGAGUGCUAUAAAAAAAUUUUUUAGGAAAAUUUAUUAAUAGUAGUGAUGAGAAAAUGGAUGUGUGAGACCAACCCUAUUGUGCAAUAUACAUAGCCUCAUUUUUUAUGUUAGACACUAAUUUAACGUUUUUUUUUGUUCUAUUGGUAUUUUGCGGAUCAUAGAACAGGGUUUUUACUGUGUGUUAUUUACUGUGUGUUAAAGCAUAAUUUUUUUUACUCUUGCUGUAUAAAAAAAAAUUCACUCCUGUAUGGGUUAAUGCAAUGGAUAGUACACAAAGAACGGAUAUAGGUAAAUAACAAACCAAAUAAUACUUUUUUAAUAGUGUAGAUUGAGUUCAAAGCAUAUGUAUUUACAGCAUUGCUAAGUUACAAUGUGUUUUUAUAAAAAAAUUUAUCGCCUUUAAGUCAGGGUAUCUGUGAACACACAGAAAAUUCACAGAAGUAUCAUUUUGAAACGCCUUGAAAUUGUGGAAUAUUUCCGCUGUUGUGCUAUCUCAUGGCUGUAAGAAUAAUUGUUUUAUAGUAUACUGUUUACAUUGUUUUUACAUUUUUUUUUUCUUUGUGAUAUAUUUAGGAUUUUUGUUGGGAAACCUAAUUUGUCAUGAUAUGUGAUGAAAAAUUGAGCAAUUGGUUUGAUGUAUGUACGUGUCCAGCUACAAUUUAUUUGAGUUAACACGUAAAUAAUUAACACCUUAUAACUGUGGUUUUUAGGCAUGACAAUGUUUUCUUUUAAUAUGUUUUGCUAAGAGCAAAUUAUUUCAACUGUUACCUUGCCUUGAUAGUGAAUGGUAUGUGUUGUAACUGUUUUAUAAUUUUUUAACUUUGUGUCAAAGAAUCAAAUUUAUAUUGAAUAUAUUUUUUAUUAAAAAAAAAAAAAUUACCUUUA